AUGAGUAAUGUUUUUGAUAAAAUUAAAAAACAGAGAUCAAAAGAAUGCAAAGCAACUGAUUUUUAUGAGGUAAAAAAUAAAAAUGAUGAUAUAUAUGAAGUUGUAGAUGAAGAAGGAUAUAUUGAAAAUAAAAAAUCCUUAAAAAAUUUUAUAGUUGGAGGUGAAAAAGAUUUUGAUUCAAGUGAUGAUGUGAUAGUAGAAAAUGUUAAUUAUAGUUUAUUAAGAAAAAAAA